UCAAGUCAUAGCUGAAGUUUCACAAAUCAUAAAUAUUUGGUACCAGCACUGCAAUGGAAAGGACUUUGGCAAGUAUGGCAGAUGAGCACACCAAAAACAGCUACAGUAGAAAAGCCAUUUGGAGACUAAGAAUUAAAUGGAUCGGCUGAUCAGAGAAAAUAGCCACAUCUUCACCGACACCCAGUGCAAAGUAUGUAGCGCGGUGCUCAUCUCUGAAUCUCAGAAGCUUGCUCAUUAUCAGAGUAAGAAGCAUGCAAACAAAGUUCGGAGAUACAUGACUAUCCAUGGGGAAGAGGAAUUCAGUCAGAAUAAAAAAAUAAAGCUGGAAACAGAGCAGCAACAGAGCAGUAACGGUGAAGACAGGAACAAAUGCUGCCCCAUCUGUAACAUGACCUUUUCUUCACCUGUUGUGGCUAAUUCUCACUACUUAGGCAAGACUCAUGCCAAGAAUUUGAAACUGAAGCUGCAGUCUCCUAAUACAGAAGUUUUACCCAUUCAGAAAGAGCCUACUAAUCUUCUUCCCACUACCGGGUCCUCUAAUGAAGAGAAUCAAAACACUUCUGACCCAGACAAAUUCUGCAAUCUCUGCCAUGCUACAUUCAAUAAUCCACUGAUAGCAAAACAACACUAUGUUGGCAAGAAACACAAAAAGCAGGAAACCAAGCUUAAGCUGAUGGCACACUAUGGGAGAACUCCCGAGGAACCAGCUGUCUCCAGUGCUGGAAAGGGAUAUCCCUGCAAUGACUGUAACAUAGUACUGAAUUCUAUAGAGCAAUAUCAAGCUCACAUCAGUGGCUUCAAACACAAGAACCACAUACCAGGAGGCAUUCCUGUUACAGCACGAUACCAGAAACAACUGUACACACAAGAGGAAACCACUGGCCCUGAUGGCUACAGCUAUUUCAGCCAGGACCUCUAGAGCAAAUUGCUGUGCUGUCUCUGGAUUGCUCGUGGCUCAAAAGUGAACCCUUUUGCCAUCCUGCUACGAUAUUACAGUUCCGCUGACUAAAUGAAAUCCUCCUGGUCUGCAGUGUACAGGUUUAGCUGAUCCAGAACCAACUAUUGGCUAAAGGAUUUAGAAGGGACAUCAUUACUACUUGGCAUUUGCUCAGUCCUUUAGAGUAGUUUUCAUUGUGUAAUCUCUUACUGUAAUAGCAGAUGGGGGCGGGUGGGAUACGGGGUUCUCUCUGGCCCCACCAAGGCUUGGCAUUUGCUGGGAUUCCAUCUUGAGCCCAUCCUUUCCUUCUGCCUAGAAGAAGCAGAAGGAAGUCCUACACACAGGAAUAGAGUGAGAUCAACCUUAGGAAGAAAGCUCUUUAAUUCAGGGUAACAUAAGGCUUGUUAUCUAUGAGAUGUGGAAUGGGUGUAAUGGACGGACUAAUUAUCCUUGCUUAGAAUGAGGUGUUACAUUGCUGUAUUCAUCUUGUCCCUGCUGGAAUUAAUAGGGUUUGUGUGCAGUUUCUUAAGUCACCCAUUUUGCCAUUCAAAACUACUUUGUAUUUCAGCAGAUGUUGGCUUUGAAGCAACUGGUGGUCUGUCUGGUAAAGUUUUUGUUUUGUUUUGUUUUGUUUUGUUAAUAGUGUGCAUAAUCAACUUCAGAAACACAAGAAGGAGGGGGCUCUGGUACAACUAGUGGUGCCUCCCUAAAGCUGCAUUCUUUCUGUUCCUGGCAUUCUUCUAGAAACUGUAUUGUGUUUAAACCUAUCUGUAUCUCAAGUUUUUUAUGUUAAAAUGUUAAUGAGAAAUUAUUUCAUGUGGUGAUGGAGGCUCUUGAUUUUUGUUCUUUAAGUCAUUCUAACAGACAGAAAUAAAUUGAGAGAAUCCAGAAACUGCAUUUUGACUCUCUGGUAGAAGUGGUGUUUGUAGGGAACCUUCCCUGAGGCAUACUUUAUUUUUGGCAGUGUCAGCUCUCUUAUUUCUUACCUUUGUAAAUUCAGUAACCGUCCUGAAGCUUAGAUAUUGGAUAAUGUGUUUUAGAGGCAUCUGUUCUCUAAGAUUUCUGUUGUCUUCUUGCUGAUAAAUUUCUAAAACAUAGGAGGGAAUUCUACUUAAGCUGAUUUGGUUGCAUGUUUUCUUUAGAAAAGAAAAAGUAUAAUCAGUUCUGCUAAUAUUAGAUUAAUUUUUUCCCUCUGCAUGUAAAAAUGGAGAAUUGUCAAUAUCCAAGUCUGUUAAAGUAGAGUAUCAAAAGAUAGUCGCCACUUUAUGUACCCCAUCUUUAAAACUAUUUCCGUUUAAAGCCAGCUAACAAAUGUUCUGCUUCAAAUGAAGCAGCAUUUCAUAAGACUUGCUGACAAUUUAGAAGUCCUUUGCUCAAUGGCUUGUUUAAUCUGCAGUCUUCAUAAUGAACAGGAACACCAUGUCCUUUCUAGGCAACUCAUUUCUAAGUCUUGAAUAGUUUUUCCUAUUAUCACUUAAGCUUCCUAAAUUAAACUAGUUGGCAGGAAUUUGGUAUGAAAACUGGGGUGUAGUAUCUUCUAUUUUAUGUAGUGACAGGUCAUGUGAAUUUGCAUCCCCUUCUAAUUGAGUGAGAGUAUUGCCUGGCAUUUUUGUCUUUUUGGAUAGCCUCUAUUUCCAUCUGCAUUAUUUGUGCGAUUGAAAUACAUGAAUGUUGCUCCCUUAUUUAUGUUCUCUGGCAUAUAUCUGUGUUAAUAUGUGUGUGUGCACACAUUUCCUUUUAGCGUAUUGAUUUUUUAAAAAAUUAAAAGAAUCUUAUCUUUGUGUCUCUACUUCUCCAGCUGAACUAUUACGGUAAGGCUCAAAGUAUACCAGAAAAAACUUUUUUUCUAUAAUGAUUUAUUUCCACUGAUUAUCAUUUCUGGCAAACCUCUUUUGCUGUUUAUUAUUCUCCACCAUUUUUGCCCAAUUCAAGCAAAGAUUAGUUUUAGAACUCUGUUUACAUUCAUGAUUUCUUAUUUACUUAAUGGGGUUAAGUAUUCUGAGGUUGCAUCUCAUUAUUUCCAGUAAAUUCAGAAGUGAGCCUUCCUUUUUUCCCUCAAAAUAUAGUUUCUUUACAAGAAAAAAGGAGUAAUAGGAUUUAAGUAAUUUUGUGUGUGAUCUAGGAUAAAUAUAUAUACAUAGACACUUUCUCAUGACAGUUUUCUUGUGAAUAAUCCUUCAAAUAUUAUCUUCUGACUUUUGGUGGUUAUAUGUACAUUAACAAUUUGUUUCUUUCUCAGCAUUUAAGUUUUCUGUUUUGGCAUUCUCGUUCUCCAGCAUCUUGUGCACUAUUUGAGACAUGGUCUGUGAUAUGCUUAGUGAGCUUUCAUACUCUACACUGUAAAACUUUGGAGACUAUGGUUGCCUGUAUGAAAUUCUGACUUUAGAAUUUUAUUUCUAAUGCAUAUUGAAUUAUUGAAUUAUUUUGCAGUUGCUAAGUGUUGAUAAUUUUGGCAAAUGCAAGGAUGAAUAAGUAGUCUGUUACCUCAAUAAAGUGAUUAAUAUUUUGGUUCAGACUAAAUACAAAUGGGACAUUCGCAAUUAA